AUGAAACUUCUUUUCAUCAUUAGUUUUGUGGUUCUCUUUCGAAGCAGUAUUGGGCAAGAACGCACGUACCUUGUUACAGCACCUAAGAUCUUUAGAGUGGGAGCAACUGAGAAUGUGGUGGUUCAAACAUAUGGGUAUACAGAUUCAUUACGCAUUUCAAUCAGUCUAAGAAGCUACCCAGAUAGGCGAAAGGUCUUUUCAGAGGGACAAGUUACAAUAAAUAAAGAAAAUGGAUUUCAAGCAUCUUUACAUUUGACAAUCUCACCAAAAGAUUUACCUAGAAAGAAAAAUGAACAACAAUAUGUGUACUUAAGAGCACUUUCUGCAGACUUUAAUCAAGAGGAAAAGGUGCCAGUGACUUACCAUAACGGAUUACUCUUUAUCCAGACUGACAAACCUGUUUAUACACCUGAUCAAUCAGUGAAAUUUCGAAUCUAUUCACUGAAUGAAGAAAUAAAACCAGCCAGAAGACCAGUUGCUAUCACUUUUCAGGAUCCAGAGGGAGUAAAAGUAGAUUACGCUGAAUAUGAAGAUAUUACUGGAAUAAUCUCAGCACCUGACUUCAAGAUUCCAUCUAAUCCUAAGUAUGGUUUGUGGAAAAUAGAAGCUGUAUACAAAAAUGACUUCUCAACAUCUACUUCAACACAAUUCGAGAUCAAAGAAUAUGUGUUACCCACCUUUCAGAUUGCUAUCAAACCAGAAAAAAACUACAUUUCAUUUAAAGAAUUUGAACGAUUUACAAUAACUAUAACAGCAAGGCAUUUUUAUAAAAAAACAAUUACAUCAGCAUACGUCUUUGUACGUUUUGGAAUCCUGGAAAAAGAUGGUACAAAACAUUUAAUGCCACAUGCAGCUCAAACCCUUAGGAUGCUAAAUGGAGAAGUAACUGUAGAGUUCAACGCAAAAACCGCAACUGAAGUAUUGCAACGAGGAAGUAUUGAGGAUCUUGAUGGAGACUAUUUGUACAUUGGAGUGACAGUUCAAGAUGCUUCAGCUGAACUAUCUGAAGAUGCUGAAUACACCAGAGUUAUAUUUACAGACUCACCAUAUACAAUUAACUUGGUAGCAACUCCACUCUUCAUUAAACCAAAACUUCCAUACUACAUCAUAGCCCAAGUAAAGGACAUUUUGGGACAGCCAGUAGGCGAUAUCACGCUUACAAUUUUUACAGAAGCUGUUUUCGAAGGUGGCGAGAGGAGGGAACUGACACCAGAAGAUUUGAGACAAGAAAAACAGACCAGAAGAGAUGAUGGAACAGCAUUGUUCAUCUUCACUGCUCCAACUGAUAUUCAAGAAGUAGAAUUUAAGAUCAAAAUAAUUGGUCUUGAUGAUGAGCGUCCAAUCUCCAAGACAUACACAGCGAAAGCUUAUCAGUCAAUCUCUGAAAGUUACCUGUAUAUUGCUUGGACAGGAGCUUUCCAAAAAUUCCACGUAGGGGAUUAUCUGAACGUUAAUCUAGUCGCAAGUAGUCCAUACUUGAAUAAAAUAAAACAUUUCCACUAUCAGGUUGUAUCAAAAGGCAAAAUAGUUUUAUUUGAAACCCAAGACCGUCCAGUUGGCAAUCAGGUUUUCAACCUGAAUAUUCCCAUUACUAGAGAAAUGAUACCUUCUGCACGUUUGAUUGCAUAUUAUGUGGUAACUGGAGAAAACAAUGCUGAGCUUGUUGUUGAUUCUCUGUGGUUUGAGGUGGAAGAGAAGUGUUUAAACAAUCAACAGGUUCUAUUGAGUACAGAUUCUGUUGUUUACAAACCAGGAAACGAAAUGGAUUUAAGAAUUAGCGCUCAACCGAAUUCACUCGUUGCGCUAUCUUCCAUUGACACUGCUAUGUAUUCAAUAAGAAAAGGAAGCAAGCUCUCAAUUGAAAAAGUACUUCUUGAUGCUGAAAAGCAUGAUCUUGGAUGUGGAGCUGGAGGAGGAAAAAAUAACGCUGAUGUUUUCAAGAGAGCCGGGCUGACAUUUCUGACUAAUGCCAAUGCUAAAGCUUUGCUAGUUACCGAUACAAAAUGUGAUGUAAUUUUGAGGCCAAAACGAGAUUUGAAAGCGAAGGCUGAAAUACGGAAGAAAAUAGCCAGAUUUACGAAUCUUCUUGAUCAGAAAUGUUGUAUGGAUGGAUUGAAAGACUAUCCUCUCAGACACUCAUGCACUGAACGAGCAAGUAGAAUCAAGCUACCUGAUCCAUGCAGAACAAUAUUUUUAGAAUGCUGCAAUUAUGCACAAACAUUACGUUCAAAGUCUGACAGCGACCUAACAUUGGGACGAAUGGAAUUGAACAAUGAAUUUGAAAUGGAGCCUCCAAGGAUCCGUAGUUAUUUUCCAGAAAGCUGGUUAUGGGAAGUCCAUGAAAUUCCAGAGAGUUCAGAUUCUCAGCAUCUGUCAAAAGUUUUGCCUGAUUCACUGACAACUUGGGAAAUCCAAGGAGUGGGAAUUUCAGGAUCUGGAGUAUGUGUUGCUGAUCCAAUAGAAGUGACAGUUUAUCAGGAUGUGAUUCUAAAAGCAAAAUUACCUUAUUCUGUUGUGAGAGGUGAACAAGUGCAAUUAAGAGCUUCUGUGUACAGUUAUCAGAGCGACAAAACAAAGGUUUGUGUACAGCUGAGUACAGACGAGGGAACAUGUUUAUUUAAAGGUUCUCAAACAAGCAUCGAAGGUAGACAACAAUCUGUUUGCCAAAGAAAAACCUUGGAAGGUUUCUCAGCGCUUCCAUUUACAUUCACUAUACUUCCUUUGAAGAUAGGUGUUCACAACAUAAAUUUCACACUUAAAACUCAACUUUCAGCAAAUGAAAUUACUGUCCACAAAUUGCGUGUAGUGCCAGAAGGAAUUAAGAAAGAAAAAAAUUUCCCUUACGUAUUGGAUCCAGCCAAUGUCUUGGGGAGACUUGUGAGAAGAAUUGAAAUUCAAUUGAAAGCACCAUUAAAUAUUCUCCCAAAUGUCAAGCCAAAGAAUGUGUUGACUGUGCAAGGUGACAUAAUUGGUGAAGCAAUGUCCAUAGCUUUAGAUCCUGAUGGAGUUCACAAGUUAACUAAUUUACCUCGUGGCUCUGCUGAAUCAGAGCUUAUGAAUGUGGCACCAAUUUACUUUAUUUAUAACUAUUUGGAGAAAACCAAUAGUUGGAAUGUGAUGGGACCAAACAGCUUGAAGAUUCAGCUGGACAUGAAGAAACAAAUGAGAGACGGCAUUACAAGUAUUAUGUCUUUCCAGACCAAAAAUGUAUAUUCGUAUAGCAUGUGGAAAGAUCGAGAAGGCAGUACUUGGCUAACAGCCUUUGUACUGAGGGUGUUUGCACAAGUUAAUGACUACCUAACAUUGGAUGAACAAUCAAUGUGCAGUACAAUCACAUGGCUCAUCUCUAAUUGUCAGAACUCUGAUGGAUCGUUUCGAGAGCUUUCCAAUUAUGUGCCUGUACGAUUUCAGGUUAUACAGGAUGAAACUAAGGAAAGAACUAUGUAUUUGACAGCAUUUACAAGUAUUGCCAUUCAAAAGGCUUUUUACACAUGUGGAACUGAGGCAGCUAGCAAAGCAAUACUUAAAGCUGAUGAGUAUUUGUCAUACCAUUUGGAGAAUGUGAAAAGUACACUUGCUUUAGCAAUAACUGCUUAUGCACUGGCAUUGAGGAAUCAAAAUUCCCGCUUCGCUUAUCGAGCCUUGGAAAAACUGAGGAACGAGGCCUCUGUAAAAGGAAAUCCCCCAUCACAUCGAUUCUGGACAGACAUUUCCAAAAAUUCAGUUUCUUCAGUUGAAGUAACAGCACGAAUAGUGGAAACAACAUCGUAUGCUCUUCUGACUGUAUUACAUUCCACUGAUAAAAGAUAUGGAAAUCCCAUUGUUAAAUGGCUCACAGAACAACAGCGUUACGGUGGAGGAUUUCAUUCAACCCAGGACACUGUAACAGCCCUUGAGAGUUUGACAGAGUAUGUUAUUAAUAUGAAGCGAACUAAGCUUCAGAUGUCCAUAACUGUGGACUACAGAAGACUUGGCCACAUUCAGCAGUUUGAACUAAAUGAACAAAAAGCAUUCACAAGACCACAGGAAAUUGAGAAAAAUGAUAAUGUAAUAAUAAAAACCACUGGUGGAACUGGGACAGCCAUUGUUAAUAUGAGGACUGUGUAUUAUGUCAUUGGCACACCCAGUGAAACCUGUGAUUUCUCUCUAAAGAUAGAAGCCACAGAAAUUAUUUCAGAUACACGUCCUGCAGGAGUUGAGGUAGUUUAUCGUUUGGAAGCUUGUGCACAAUAUAUACCAAGGCCUGAAGAAUAUGUUUAUGAAUCGGAUCAUUCUGUCAUGGAAAUAACCUUGAACACUGGAUUAAUACCAGAAGAGAAUGAUUUAAAAAUACUAUUAUAUGGAGUUGAUGGUUUGAUUUCUGACUACAGAAUAUCAGAUAAAAGUGUAAUUCUUCAAGUGGAUUCAAUUCCGUCAGACAAUUUCUUCUGUGUUGGGUUCCGCGUUUAUGAAAUGAUGAAAGUGGGAAUGGUAACCUCAGUACCUUUCACAGUCUAUGGCUACCAUUCACCAGAUAGAAGAUGCACUAUCUUUUACAAUCCAACUGGAGAAAAUAAGCUUUUAAAACUCUGCAGUGGAGAUGAAUGCAAAUGUAUGAAUGCUGAGUGCAGUGAAAUACAGCCACCGUUAGACAUAACUCCCGGUGGUCAGAGUAAACGUGAAGCUGCAUGCAGUGGAAGGACAGUUUAUGCCUACAAAGUGCAGAUUUUGUCUUCUGAGGAACAGUUUAAUUUCAUCAAGUACAACGCCACAAUUGUGGAAAUAUUUAUGACAGCUGACGUUGUUGAACAAAAUUCAGUUAUAACUUUGGUCAAGGAGAACACUUGUUCUGAUGUUACCUUGAGUAAUGAGCAGACGUACUUAAUAAUGGGAAAAAAUAGCCUGAGAUUAAGCUCAUCAAGUACAUUUAUGUAUGAAUAUCCUUUGGAUUCAUCCAACUGGAUAGAAAUGUGGCCUUCUGAGAAAGAAUGUUCUGAAGAAGCAUGUAGAAUCUUCCUCCAGCAAAUGGAAGAUUUUUCAAUUGGUCUUUUAAUAAAUGGAUGUUAA